GUAUCCGUGACCGCGGCCUCAAGAGCCCGAGCUUGGGACGGUUCCUUUCCCACCGCCAGCGCACAGGCGCUGCUAGCUCGGGGGAAGGGCGAGGAGGAGGACUGACUGUGUGUGAGGCUGUGGAGAUGAGCUAAGCUCUGUCCUCUGGAGCUGCCUGAGGAGAGACCCGACUCCGAACCACCCCUCACGUCCCUGCUGCCGCCUCCAUGGCUCACUCCCCCGUGCAGACGGGCCUGCCGGGGAUGCAGACUCUGAAGGCAGAUCCAGAAGAACUGUUUACAAAACUGGAGAAAAUUGGUAAGGGCUCCUUUGGUGAAGUUUUUAAAGGAAUUGACAAUCGGACUCAGAAAGUGGUUGCUAUAAAAAUUAUUGACUUAGAAGAAGCAGAAGAUGAAAUAGAAGACAUCCAACAAGAAAUCACAGUGCUGAGUCAAUGUGACAGUCCAUAUGUAACUAAAUAUUAUGGAUCCUAUUUAAAGGAUACAAAAUUAUGGAUAAUAAUGGAAUAUCUGGGUGGAGGCUCUGCCCUUGAUCUAUUAGAACCCGGCUCACUCGAUGAAACCCAGAUUGCUACAAUAUUGAGGGAGAUACUCAAAGGACUUGAUUACUUGCAUUCUGAAAAGAAAAUCCACAGAGAUAUUAAAGCGGCUAAUGUUUUGCUAUCUGAACAAGGAGAAGUAAAACUAGCAGAUUUUGGGGUAGCAGGGCAACUAACAGAUACACAGAUAAAGAGGAAUACCUUUGUGGGAACACCAUUUUGGAUGGCACCUGAAGUAAUAAAGCAAUCGGCAUAUGACUCUAAGGCAGAUAUCUGGUCACUGGGCAUAACAGCCAUAGAACUUGCAAAAGGAGAGCCACCUCAUUCAGAAUUACAUCCAAUGAAGGUUUUGUUCCUCAUUCCAAAGAACAAUCCACCAACGUUGGAAGGGAACUUCAGUAAAUCCCUCAAAGAAUUUGUUGAGGCCUGCUUAAACAAGGACCCAAGCUUUAGACCUACUGCAAAAGAACUCUUAAAACACAAAUUUAUUUUACGAAACUCAAAGAAAACUUCCUACCUGACCGACCUUAUUGACAGGCACAAGAGAUGGAAGUCUGAACAAAGUCAUGACGACUCCAGUUCUGACGACUCAGAUACUGAACCAGAUGGCCAGGCUUCAGGUGGGAGUGAUACAGAAGAGUGGAUCUUUACAAUAAGAGAAAAAGACCCUAAGAAUCUAGAGAAUGGAGCAGCCCAGCCUUUGGACUUGCAAAGAAAUAAGGAAAAGGAGAUCUCAAAGAGGCCUCUAUCUCAAUGCCUGUCUACAGUGAUAUCCCCCUUGUUUGCAGAGUUGAAAGAGAAGAGCGAAGUGUGUGGUGGUAACACAGAUUCCAUUGAAGAACUGAGAAAGGCUAUUUAUUUAGCUGAAGAGGCUUGUCCGGGCAUUGCAGAUAACAUGGUGUCCAACCUUGUGCAGAGGCUUCAGAGAUAUUCACUGACUGGAGGAAGUACUUCAUCCUUCUGACAUGCCAUCCCUGACUUUUCCAAGGCUGCAGAGAUGCCACAGCGUCUGCGUUGAAGGCGCCCACUGAUGAUGUUCUGCCCCUCAGUCAAGGGAGUGUCCUUUGGUGGAAGGACAUUUCAAAACGUGCAAGAGUGAAAAGGGAAGUCUCUCGGACAGAGGCGAUCUUUUUCAGCUCCUUAAAGCUAUAAUUUUUUGUAACGAUAAUGCCCAUAUUCCAGGGAGGUAUCUUUUUUUUGUAAAAUCUGAAAUGUAUAUUUAGGUUUGUGAUAGAGAAAUUGAAGAUGUUGAGAAACCUCAGGUAUCUUGCUUUAAGAAUUCCACUUGGAGAUGGAGUAUGUUUGUUGGAAAUGUGUACAGGUAUGUAUAUAACGUCUUUUUUUUAACUGAAAGCCUUUCAACGUGCAUAAGGCAUCACUGUGUACAAAAUGGUAAAGUGCUUCUGUAGAUAAUGU